UCGGUGGAGGAUUAAGUUGAGACUGCCUAAUUUUGUCAUAAUAAUGUCCUCUCUGUUCAAAUCAAGAGCAAUUAUUACGUGACAAUAUGGCAGAUGACAUCGACGACCUUUUAGACGAAGUAGAAACUAAAUUUUGUGUCAGGACACCUGUUAAAAAGGAGAAGUCCAGCCGUCGCCAAGAGGACCAGAGUGGCAAUAGUGAUGCAGCGGGCAAGAAGAAGAGUUUGGACGGCGGGGGAAGUCGCCGCGCGGCAGUCACACAGUCAAAACGUACUUCAAAAUCCAGGGAGGAUGAUGACCUCAAUUCAAUGAUAGAUGACAUCAUAGAUGGUCCAGAGCCACCGAGCGCUUUAAACAGACAGGGUAGUCAGAGCAGUGUACACUCAAGAACUCAGAGCACAUCUCAGCGGCGAUGUCAUCCUGUUUAUGUCGGGGGUAGUGACACCCCUAUGGGGAUAGGCUCCGCUGUGUCGCAGAGAAUGUGUGAUCAACUACGCUGUACAUCAUGUGACUUCAAGAUCGUCUUUUUCGACAACUUUGAGUGGGAUUCCAGCUGUGAAUACCUGUUUUUCAGGAACAACGUUCCGGACUUCAAGAAAUUAAGUGCCAAGUUAAAGAAACGGAAAGGUUGUAGAGCCUACGCAUGCCAAUGUAUGUGGAGAUCAGUCAAGACUUCAUUCAAAGUAGAUCAGGAUACUCAACUGAAAUGGGUUUGUGGCAAGCAUACGUUGUGAUGUAAUUUCCCUCUUUUUAUGUAAUUCUGAGUUUGGUCUGGAAUAACAGGGCCAUUGCCUAUGUCACCCUUGGACACAAUUUCCUAGCACUGUUUAGCAGCCGAUUUUGUGCUUACUGUGCGAUUUUCAUAGCGCUGCGUACUUGUAAGCACACGAAAAGGCAGGCUAACC